CACGCACACGCUCACACUCACACCCCAAACACGCACACGCACGCACACGCACACCCCGGCGUCUCUAGGGAAGGUGGGUCCUCUUCCCCCGCCGUCCCUUCCCCACUUCCGGCGGAAGCGGCCUCAACAAGGGAAACUUUAUUGUUCCGCGGCAGCGCCGGCGACGAUGUCGGUGAAUUACGCCGCCGGGCUGUCACCGUACGCGGACAAGGGCAAGUGUGGGCUGCCCGAGGUCUUCGACCCGCCCGAGGAGCUGGAGCACAAGGUGUGGGAGCUGGCGCGGCUCAUGUGGCAGUCCUCCAGGGUGGUCUUCCACACGGGCGCCGGCAUCAGCACGGCCUGCGGCAUCCCCGACUUCAGAGGCCCCCACGGCGUGUGGACCAUGGAGGAGCGUGGCCUGGCCCCCAAGUUUGACACCACCUUCGAGAGCGCCCGGCCCUCCAAGACCCACAUGGCCCUGGUGCAGCUGGAACGCGUGGGCUUCCUCAGCUUCCUGGUCAGCCAGAACGUGGACGGGCUGCACGUGCGCUCCGGCUUCCCCAGAGACAAGCUGGCGGAGCUCCACGGAAACAUGUUUGUAGAGGAAUGUCCCAAGUGUAAGACGCAGUACGUGAGAGACACGGUCGUGGGCACCAUGGGCCUCAAGGCCACGGGCCGGCUCUGCACGGUGGCCAAGGCCAGGGGACUCCGGGCCUGUAGGGGGGAGCUGAGGGACACCAUUCUGGACUGGGAGGACGCCCUGCCUGACCGGGACCUGACACUCGCUGACGAGGCCAGCAGGACCGCAGACCUGUCAGUCACCCUGGGCACCUCGCUGCAGAUCCGUCCCAGCGGGAACCUGCCCCUUGCCACUAAGCGCCGGGGAGGCCGUCUGGUCAUUGUCAACCUGCAGCCCACAAAACACGACCGCCAGGCUGACCUGCGCAUCCACGGCUAUGUGGACGAGGUGAUGAGCAGGCUCAUGAAGCAUCUGGGGCUGGAGAUCCCCACCUGGGAAGGACCCCGUGUGCUGGACAAGGCCCUGCCACCCCUGCCGCGUCCAGCUGCACCCAAGGCUGAGCCCCCUGCGCAUUUCAAUGGCUCAGUGCACGCUCCAUGUAAGCCAGAGCCCGACAGCCCUGUACCCCACAGGCCCCCCAAAAGAGUGAAGACCGAGGCUGUCCCCAGCUGACCCGAGUGUGUGGGGCGGGAGGGGUACUUGUAGGAACCACACACGUUGGGAGUUUUUUGUUUUGUUUUUUAUGUGCUGUGCACUGAGCCCAGACUUGCACAUGCCAUGCCCCGCCUUUUUCAAAUUUUUCUUUGAGACCUGGGCUCCCUAAAUCGGUCAGGCUGGCCUUGAACUUGCUGCUGUAGCCCAGGCUGGCCUGGAGCUAGCGCCCUGCCCACCCUCAGCCUCCACAGUAGCAGGGAUGGCAUGCGGACGCCACCGGGCCCAGCACAGCCCUUCCGAGUCUCACUGUGCCCCUUGUCCGGGACCCUCCGUGGAGUCUCGGGACACAGGGAGUCCACGGCGGGUGGAAGAGGCUGUGUCCCAGGGCUGGGGGUUCGCGUGCCUCUCCACCCGCCACACCCCGCUUGUGACUCAGGAUGUGCCCGAGGGGCAGCCACACACUCCACCCCCCCUUGACCCAGAGCCACCGGGGAUGUCUGUGCAUAGGAGGGACCUGGGACCCAUCUGCGCUGGGGCCCCCCGGCUUCCAGGAGCCCCCAAUGCAAUAAACACAGAAUUCCUGUCAUUUCUUCUAAAUUUUA